AUAUAUAUAUAGAGAGAGAGAGAGAGAGAACGAGAGAAAGAGGCAGAGAUAAGAAAAAAAGAAAAAGAAAGAAAAUAAUGCAACAAGUUUGAGAUAAAUAUUUGUUUAAACAUAAUCAUCGUCUUGUUCGAUCUCCAAACGAAAAGAAUAUUUCGUUGGAAAUAAAUUAAUAAGUUACUGGGACCGUCAUCAUACGUUUUCUCUCCUCAUACGGGAAAACGAUCAACGUCAUCGAUCGUCAUUAUUGGAAUCGAUUUUCUUCAACCAGGAAGAUGAAAGGCCUCGUGCCAGGCAGCUUAUUCAGCCUACUUGUUCUACUCGUCGCGUGGCAAAACGGAGCGCGGGCUAACUGGUGGUAUCUGGGACUGGAACCUCGCUUGAGCGGAUCGGUCCAGGGUGCUGGAGGCGGUACUGAUGGUUCAGAUGGACAACAGGGCUUGGGCCUAGCUGGUGCGGGUGUGAUCGGUCCUGCUAGUGCCGAAAAAAAUUGCAAAAGUGUCUAUCUCAGCGUCAAACAACAACAGAUUUGCUCGCGUUCACCGCCGGUCCUGCAAGCGGUAAGCGCAGGCACGAGAUUGGCGAUCGAAGAAUGUCAACAUCAAUUCAGAUCGGCCAGAUGGAAUUGUUCCGUCAGCCCGGACAAUCCGGACAACAUUUUUGGUGGUGUCAUGUUAGUCAAUAGCCGAGAAGCUGCUUUCGUUUACGCGAUAUCAGCAGCUGGAAUCGCUUACAGCGUAACCAGAGCAUGUUCAAGGGGCGAACUGACAGAUUGUUCCUGCGACAAUCGAAUUAGGACCCGCCGACCGAAUAACUGGCAAUGGGGUGGCUGUAGCGAGGAUAUACAUUUUGGUGAUAAGUUCUCUAGAGAAUGGACGGACGGUGCUGAGGAAUCAGUUAAGGAAGGAAUUCUACAUGGUGUCAAAGGAUUGGCCGGUCAGCUUAUGAGGAAACACGACAGCGAGGCAGGCAGGCGAGCUGUCCGUUCGAAAAUGAAACGUAUUUGCAAGUGUCACGGCAUGUCCGGAUCGUGCAGUGUUCGCGUCUGUUGGAGGAGACUUCCAGCAUUCAGAGAAGCCGGGACUGAUCUCGCAGCUCUUCAUGAUGGGGCUGCAUUGGUACGACUGGCUCAACGAGGCGGUAGAAAACCCGCAAGACUGAGGCCCGCGCAACCCGAUCUCAAACGACCGAACAAGACGGAUUUAGUUUACCUGGAGGACAGUCCUGAUUAUUGUGAAAGAAACAUCACGCUAGGUAUUCCCGGAACGAGAGGAAGAAUUUGCAAUCGAACAUCACCGGGUCUAGAUGGUUGCCGAUUGUUAUGCUGCGGUCGUGGUUAUCAAACAAGGGUAAGGGACGUCACAGAGAAAUGCAGUUGCCGAUUCGUCUGGUGCUGUCACGUGAAGUGCGAACUAUGCAGACAGAGGCGCGAGGAACACAUUUGCAAUUAG